CAGGAUGAGCCCUGACCCUCCCCAUCCCGCAGCCUGCGAGGGCACCGGGGCCGGCAGCAAGUACCAGACCGUGGACUCCAGCAACAUCGACACCUUCGUGAACUGCACCAAGAUCCUGGGCAAUCUGGAUUUCCUCAUCACCGGCCUGGAAGGGGAUCCCUGGCGCAACAUCUCGGCGCUGGACCCCGAGAAGCUGAACGUCUUCCGGACGGUGCGGGAGAUCACGGGGUACCUCAACAUCCAGUCCUGGCCCAAGCACAUGCACAACUUCAGCGUCUUCUCCAACCUGGUCACCAUCGGGGGACGGAGCCUCUACAAGUGAGUCCCCGUCCCCUGCACCUCCCGUCCCCCAUGUCCCCAAUCCCCUUCCCCCCCCCAUUGUUCCCUGUCCCUGC